AUGCCUUGGAGUAUCGCUCGUCUCUCUUUACUCCUAGCCUUGGUCUAUCUAUGUGCCAACGGCCAGGCUCGCGAAGUCAUUGGCUACCGUGUAACUUCAAAGGGGGAGGCUGAAGCCAUCAACGAACGCAAUGUUCCCUCCAGGAGUGAAUUAUUUGAUAGUAAGACGGGAAACCAAAUAGGCAACGGUGUUCAUCUAGUCUCCAAGCCGGGCGGCUGGAUGGAAAUACCUUUCAGACCGAAUUGGCAUUGUGUUUUCAAGGCAGACAAAGAAAAGCUUCGGGCAGCUACUAAACUCUGGAUUCCAUCUAACCAAUGGUGGUCAAAGGACACGGAUAUUCGGCAAUACAUCAGGCGAUACGGAGAUCCAGAUGAGACGCUGCGCUUUUCGUACAUUGAUAAAUGGAAAAAAGGAAAGACUUUGCAGAUGGUCAUUCCCACCGAGAUGAUAAACAAGAACACUCUGGACAUCUUUGCUAAAUGCUUUCCGUCAAAGGCGGAAUUGAUGGCAUAUGAAAACAAAAAGGUCUCUUGGUUGAGUUGGAAGAUUAUUGGACUCCCUUCAUAA